CAUGAGGCCAUCUUUUUAUUACUUCAAUUGUUCUAUUAUGAUUUUUUUAUGCAUAGUGUUAUUUAAAUACACAGUCAGGUUGUUUAAUAAAAUCCUUUCUUUUGUCUUAAUAGGAGCCUCCGAAUAUGAAGAAUUUAGUUGUAAAAUCUUUAAAUAUUUCUUGAAAUACCACAUUCACUUCAGGUUUACAUGAAUGAAUUAUACAUUUUUCUGGUCUUAAAUUUUUAAAAUAACAUAUUUUAUCUUCUAUCUACUUAGAACUAAUAUUGGAACACUGAGUGACAUAUCUCGACGUAACGCUCGGUUCCACGAAAGAAACCCAACGUAAAACAGCUCCUCCUGCUGGAAAUAAACUAGUAGUGCAACAUUUUCAGCAUCUCAUCCUAGAUUUCAUCAUCCGACAAUUAGCUACAUGUUUUGAGGUUCAACUGCUUUUAGAUACUUUAGAGGGGGUUCGUUAAAAUGGAGUCCGUCUACACACAGGGCAUUUGGGUCGCUGAAACUCUCCAGCAACAGACAAAGAGUCUCGAACAAUGUUGGCUCGUGAUCACUCACUUAGGAGACCCUAAAGCAGCCUUCCUGCUCGUCUUUCCAUUCACGUAUUUUCUAGAUAAACGCGCUGGAGUGGCGGUGCUCUGGAUCGCAGCUAUAUCGGAGUGGUUAAACCUGGUGUUUAAAUGGAUGCUGUUUGGGGAAAGACCAUUCUGGUGGAUAGGUGAAUCUCAUUUAUAUGUCAGCAUGCCACCCAGAAUUCACCAGUUCCCAUCCACCUGUGAAACCGGCCCAGGAAGUCCAUCAGGACAUGCAAUGGUGACAGCAGCAGUCUGGUGGGUUGUUGCAUCCUCGCUGGGGUCAUUUCUGUACUCCCGUACUCGCAGUGUGCUGAUAUCGUCUGCUCCCUUCCUGCUUUAUGUGGCUCUGCUGGUUGCAGUUGGAACAUCCAGGAUCUUCAUCCUUGCUCAUUUUCCUCACCAGGUUAUUGCUGGUUGCAUUACAGGGUUUAUUUUGGGUAUUGUCCUGAGUGGUAGAGUACCAGAAGGUCGCCCCCUGCUGUUCUACUUCAGCUUCAGCUUCAGCCUCCUGCUCAGUGCUCUGAUGGUCAAUGUGGGAUUGCAGCAGAUUGGAAUUGACCUCUCUUGGUCUAUUGCUUUGGCUAAGAAGUGGUGCAGUCACGCAGAGUGGAUCCGUCUGGACACAGCCCCGUUCUCCUCUUUGACUCGAGACUGUGGGGCUCUUCUGGGUCUGGGUCUGGCUGAGUACUGGAAGCCUAAUGGCUGGUCCCUCCCGUGGGCUUCAAGAGCUUUGUCGCUGGCUUUUUCAUCCAUGGGACUUUACCACGUGAACCGUCUGCCUCUGCCCGUCCAACCACAAGGCCUCUUCUACGGCUUGUUCUUCAUCAAAUUCGUUCUGGUUCCUCAGAUUGUCAUGGUGUUUGUUCCUGGUUUGGUUCACUUAUUCACACGCAAAAAGAAACAAGACUAGAGGUGAACUUCUAAAAGUUUCUUUUCCUUAAAGAUUUCAUCUGGGAUCCAGAAGAUACUCUGGUGGGUUUUAGUGUUUUUCAUGUCCCAGAGGUUUUGCUGGUUCAGUCUAUGGCCUAAUGUUUUAUUUUUGUACAAAAAGCUUUAGCUUUUGGGAUUUUCCUUUCACACUCUGCCAAUUUGCAGAUGAUGUACAAAUAUUGUGAUAAAAACUAAGCAGCACUUUUAUUCUCCAGCUUGUAUCUAUAGAUUGUGGCAAAUGUGGAGCUUUAAUGUUUAUCCAACAAAAUAAGUACCCAGUGAGAGACUGUCUGAUGUAAGAAUCAAAGAAAUGUGACACCAAACGUCAAACAAAAGCUCCAACCACGAAUGAGACAAAAAAGAAAAUAAAAAAGAGGAAUCAACAGAGUGGGUAAGCUUCAAUUUCCUGAAGGCAUAGGUGAUGUCCUCUUGGAGACUAAGUUUGUCUUCAUAACCAGUGUCUCUGCUCUUGUUGGACGUGCUGCUCCAGGGUCCUCUGCCCACCCUGCUCCAGGUCAGAUGUUUCAGAUGGUCCAAGGUGGACUCUGGUGAUUUGACAGCUUCUAUUGGACAUGUCCAUGUUCUUCUUUCUUUGGUCUUUAUUUUGGUUUGUAGCAUUAAUGUAAAAUUUUUCCUUUUCAAACAAAACAACAAUAUUAACAACUUGAAUUUAAACCAAAAAAGGAAUAGGCAGAAGCAAUGCUUAUUUUAGCCUACCCUAUUUUCCACCUAAGAUACAUAACCAAUAUACAUUACUUUUAUUUUCCCCAAUAUAAAUAAACACAAUGAAAAUUCAUUAAUGUCUUAACAUACUUUUCAUACCCUGUAAAUAUGUGACACUUUACACCUGCUUUAAACUUUAGUAAAGAAGUACAUUUCUUCAAAUCAUCAUCUAACUCAUUCCACAAUUUCACACCAACAACGGAAACACAUCUUGAUUUCACCUUAGUUCUGGCUUUUACACAUUCAAACAUAAAUACACCUCUGAGAUUAUAAUGAUCAUCUCUUGGUUUGAAAUAAACUUUUAUGUAAUUUGGGAUAUUAUUAACUACUUUAUGAAGAAUCUAAGAUUUUUUACUUUAAUAAUAUCUCCUAAUUUUAGCGUUUUAGUUUGACUAAAUAGAUUAUGGGUUGGUUCGAGAUAUCCCAGUAUAUUAACUAUUCUAAUCACCUUUUUUUGUAAUUUAAAUACAGUCUCAACACACGUUUUACCUGCAUUUCCCCAAACCUCUGCACAGUAAGACAAAUAAGGCAUAACUAAAGAGUAAUAAAUCAAAAACAAGGCUUUUUUAUUUAGUACAUCACUAGUUUUAUAAAGUAUAGCAAUAGAUUUAGACACUUGCCGUUUGAUCUAUUCAAUAUGUGGUUUCCAACUGAGUUUACUAUCAAUAAUCACACCUAGGAAUUUAGUUUCAUAUACUUGUUCAAUUGGGACUCCAUUUAAAUACAGCUUAGCACCGUCAUUGUCCCUGUUCCCUGAAAAAUCAUAAAUUUGGUUUUAUUUUCAUUUAGUGAUAGCUUGUUGUAAUCAAACCAUUUUUUAAUUGAACCCAAUUCGUUUUCAACCUCUUGCAAUAAUUUACUCAUAUCUUUUCCCAUACAUAUGAAAUUAGUAUCAUCUGCAAACAUAAUAAAUUUUAACCGAGAUGAUACAGAAAAGAUGUCGUUCAGGUAUAGGUUGAAUAAUUUCGGUCCUAGCACCGAGCCUUGCGGUACACCACAUAUUACUCUUUCAAGCUGUGAAUCUAUAUCAUUAACAUUUACACUACUGCUUAAAUAACUUUCAAGCCAUUGAUUGGUUUUACCACGAAGACCAUAGUAUUCACAUUUCUUGAGCAGGUAUGUGUGAUCAAUUGCAUCAAAUGCCUUUCUCAAGUCAAUUAAGACAGCCACUACAUGAAGUUUUUGAUCCACUGCUGUUGCAAUCUGCUCUACCAAUUCCAUAACUGCUAAUGAGGUUGAACGAUUCUUCCUAAACCCAUACUGAUGGUCGUUUAAAAGAUCAAACUUGUUGAUAAAUGCUUUAAAUCUAAUUACAAAAA